AUGGCUCGUCGCUUGCAAGUAGCCGUCGACUUCAGAGAGGCUUUGCAGUAUGUCCAUGAUCGCGGGGUCAUUUGGGGCGACGUCUCACCUCGAAAUGUUCUUGUCUUCGAUGAUCUUCACAUCAAGCUCUGCGAUUUUGCUGGUUCGAUUCUGAAGGGCAAGUUCCCCGAGCUUCUCUUUACAUGUGAACCUCGUUGUUGGGUGCCAGGAUCAGAAGGAGACUCUACUACUCGAAGUACACUCGAAAAGGAGCUGUUUGCGCUUGGUACUGCAAUUUGUGAGAUCACAGAAUGGACUGUCCCUUAUGGGCCAAUAGAGAUAGAAGAACUCCAGCAGAAACUUAUGGAUGGAGAGUAUCCUUACGUUGGUGACAGUAACCAUGUCAAGGAUGUUAUCAAGAAGUUAUGGCAUUUUGAGUAUAGUUCUGCACAAGAGGCGGUGGAAGCUCUAAGGACAGCUCUCAUCGAUACAUAA